AUGAAAAUCUUUCAAUUAUUCUUGGCUCUUCUACUUUUGACUGCAACAUUCUAUGAAAGUGUCAACUCACAAAAUAUAAAUUUAACACCAUGUCUUACUGGAGAUUGGACUGCAUGUGGUAUUGCUAUUGGUACGGUCAUUUACAAAAAGUUUAAUUCAUGGAGUGAUAUUGACACAAAGCCAGCUUUUGGUACAAUAUGUAAUUCACAAUUUAAAGGUGGUUGGUAUCGCUGGCAAUGGACAUGGAGUGGUAAAUUCUGGUGUCCAUCUUUAAGUGCUACUAUUACAGGUGAAAGUACACACUGGAAAAGUCGAGGUGGAGCCAUCGAACAUGCUAUCCAAGACUAUGUUACAAAAAUGACAUCAGCUGGCUUACUCAAACCAGAACAGCUGAGUGGAUAA